AUGGCGUACACACUGCCGGGGACGGGCGAAUCAGCAUGCGCCGCCAAUCCUGUUCGAGCGAGAAGAUGGAGGAUCUUCUGGAGCUAUCUGCCGGAUUGGUGUCUGACUAUUCUGUUCUGGGUGACAAAGCUGAUUGAUAAGGUGGAUGGAAACAGGAGACUGUUCUCGGUGACAGACGAAAGUCUGGCUCACCCAUAUGCCAACCCAGAGCGGGUACCCGUAUGGCUUCUGGGUGUCAUCUGCGGCCUGGUCCCUGCUCUCUUCAUGAUUCUCACUGCCGCGUUCAUCCGCCGAUCAUUCUGGGACGCCCAUUCCGCCAUUCUUGGAUUCGUCCUGAACUUGGGUCUGACCGUGACGUUUACAAAUGUUGUCAAGAUUACGGUCGGCCGUCCCCGACCCGACUUCUUCGCUCGGUGCCAGAUCCCAGAUAGUAUCACUUCGAACCCAAUCCACGGCUUGACCUCAUGGACGGUCUGCCAGAACCUCGUGAAUAUCAAAGAAGGGUUCAGGAGCUUUCCGAGUGGGCACAGUAGUUUUGCUUGGGCGGGAAUGUGGUACCUUAUUCUCUAUGCCGCCGCUAAAAUGCGCAUCAACAACCGCCGAGGGCACACCUGGAAAGCGUGGCUCUUGCUUGCUCCUCUACUCUGCUCCACUCUUGUCUCGAUCAGCCGGACCAUGGACUACAGGCAUCACGCGACGGACGUCAUUGCUGGAGGUAUAGUCGGGAUCGCGACCAGCUGGUUCUCAUACCGCCAGUACUAUCCUCCCGUCUGCUCCCCACAAUCGUACAAGCCCUACUCCCCUCGCAUUCCCCACCCCGAUGCAGAGAAAAGCUCGCUUCCGCUACACAACAAGCCUCGCCGGUCUAGCUCAGAGAACCUCACGUCCGCUUAUGGUUCAGGCACCGGCGGGGCCGGGGUGGAGCAUGCGGGCUACAAGAACCCGUAUGAUGGGUAUCCGCCGAGAAGGGAGGAGGAGAGCGUGAUGGUACAUGAAGGGCAGAGGGAGGAGGAGGAGCGGCUGGGUAUGCGAAGUGAGGAUGUGGAGACGGUCCAGAGGUAG